CUUUGCCAUUUUCUUCCUCGCCAUCCUGCACUUCACUGAAGCUGCCCUUGGCGGACAAAGGCCUAUGAGGACGCCACAAAGAUUGUCGGUGUUGGUUGGGUCCUGUGUGGUCAUCCCGUGCACUGUUCGCCAUGCAUUUCCAGGAGUGAAAUGGUUGCUGUUGAAAGGUGGUGUUGCUCCAGAUGAUCCAGGUGUCACCACCAUUCACAACACAGCAGGUGUGGGAUCGGUUGAUCCUGAUUACCGAAUUCGCAGUGGGAAGAUGUCUGAUAGUGAUCCAAGUGAUUGCUCAUUUUGGAUAUCUGCUAUCAAGAAUGAAGAUCAGGGUGAAUACUACAUCAGAGGAGGAGACGGCACAGAAAUGAUGCUCUCUGACCCAGUGUUUCUUUCAGUUUUUGGGAUGCCCAAUGUAUCGGUGUCGAGAGAAUUCAUGGCUGGACAAGCAGCGACGGUAACGUGUUCCGUUGUCCACAGUUGCCCUGAAGCUAAAAUUGAUUUAAAGUGGAUUAAGGGCAUCGAUUUUAGCCCUGCACCUUCGGCCACCGAGUUGAAAGACAUUGACAACGGGUUUGACCAACGGGAUUGGAAAGGAUCAAUGGAAGUGUCCUCUGCGCUGGCGUUCACAGCCUUGCGUCGACAUGACCGGCAAGUGCUUGGAUGCGAGAUUCUGCUGAAUGGCUACUCACACGGGAUUCAAAAGAUGGUCACAUUGGACGUUCAGUACCCACCAACCGAACCUGAAAUCCAUUUGACACCUGUGGCGGUGUUGGGUAGAUCUGCAUUCAUUUACUGCUCGACAAAGAGUAACCCCGAGUCCAGGUUAGAACUGGUAAAGGACGGAACAAUGCUGAGCAAGGAGUCUUCAAACAACCUUCUGAGGGUAGAGUUUUCCAACAUUGCUUUGGAGGAUGAAGGACAAUAUUCCUGUCAUGCUGCAAAUAAGCACGGGACAUCAGUCAGCUCCAUAAACGUAACUGUGGAACAUCCACCCUUGAAACUACUGAUCAAUUCCUCAAUGACAGUCAGAGAGGGCAGUUCCCUCCGCAUAUAUUGCAUAACACAGAGUAAACCGGAGUCUCAUUUACAGUGGGUGAAAGAUGGCACGCCUAUUGUCAACUCCUAUUCAGGAAAUAUGCUAACAAAGAAUUUUACUGAUAUAAGAUAUGAUGAUGAAGGAGAAUAUAAGUGCGAAGCAAGGAAUAAACAUGGCGGUGCAAGCAGCCAGAUGAACAUUACUGUGGAAUAUGCACCACAGAAGCUGCUGGUCAAUUCUUCCGUUGUUGCUUUGGAAGGGCAAUCUUUAUUCUUAUAUUGUACCGCCCAGGGAAACCCACCAGUCACCUUAAGCUGGGUGAGAAAUUGUGAAGUAAUGAACAUAUCUCACUCCGGUGAACUGAAGGUGGCGGUUAAUAAUAUUAGCUUGGAAGAAGACGGACUCUUCUGGUGCGUGGUUGCAAACAUCCUGGGCACUGCAAACAGCUCCACACAGGUUAUUGUGGAAUAUCCCCCGAGAGCUGUGGAUCCGACUAACUGCACCAGGUCUGAAAAUAGCAUAAUCUGCGUGUGUACCAUGAAGAGCAACCCGCCAGUUGAACACAUUAUGUGGAGCCUGGAUGACAGUAAUGUCACAGCGGCCAGUUCAGAUGUUGGAGUCGUUUCUUUGGAAAUGGAUCACCACCAGAUGCAAAGCACUCUGAGGCUGAAAGAAGAGUUGGGACCUGAACACAACCUUUCGUGUUUUGGAGUAAACAAACACGGCGUCGCUUCCUCCAGAUUGUAUAUCGAUUUACCAGGAAGAGUAGAUUGGAAAUACAUUGCAGGGAUCGGAUCAGCCCUCCUGAUUCUUAUUGCCCUGAUUGCUUUCAGCGUGGCCAAGAAAUUCAGGAAGGGGAAACUAACUAAAUAUUCUUGGAGAUAUUCAAGGGCGAACAAGAGGGGGCGCUGUGAGAAUGAUCCCGGCAGCGACGGCGGGGAAGUCAGGUCGAACUUGACUGAGUAUGGCAACGAAAUUCAUUACGCCACUUUGUACCACCCACGUAACACUUCAACCUAUGGUUAUGUACAUUGUGAAGAGAAGAGUGAAUAUGCGAAUCUUAAAUUCAGAUCGAACGAGCCGGAGUUUGCAGAGACUGUCUUCUUUGAAGCAUAAUCUCUAGAUUUUACCCCGCAAAGUGAAAAAACAUCCUGGAAAAAAACCUUGGAUGAAGGACAUCGAAAACUGCCAUUGGUCCUGGUUGCUAUAUGUAGCCGAAUGUUCAUCUGCUCUAGCCUGAAAUUUUGACUAGGAUCUGGUUCCUCAACUGCUUCGCCCGAUCGUAUAUUUUGCUGACGUGCCUCCUAAAAUUAAGAUUAACUGGUAGAAGAGUUAGCCACGACCCAUCCCGUCCUCUGUGAAUAUCCAUAUGAAUGCAUGCAGGGACCAUUGAACUGUGAGAAAAAAAAUCCUUGAUAAGAUUUCAGAGGCUUUUCAAAAACACACAUAAUCUCUCUCACACACAAUCAUACACAAACACAGACACACCCACGCAUAAUCUCACGCACGCACACAAUCAGACACAAACACACGCAGAAUCUCUCUCACACACAAUCACACACGCACAUAAUAACGCGCACAAACACCCACACACACAUAAUAACACGCAGAAACAAACACGCACAUACACACUCGCAUAAUCUCUCGCUCUCCCAAUCACACAGGAUCACACACACGCACACAUAUAAUCACACAUAAUCACACACGCACACACACACACCUCAUAC